AUGGCGUGUGGCGCAGCGCGAGAAGGGAAAAGUGACUCUGCCGCUCUGGAACUUCUGCCCAGCGCGCCUCGUAAAAUGAAUGAAAGUAAAACUGGAGGCUCACAGAAUCCCACUUGUGUUUUCUGUCGAAAAAAUGAUGACUGUCCUAUUAAAUAUGGAGAAAAGAAAACUAAUGAGAAAUGGAAUCUCACUGUACAUUACUAUUGUUUGUUGAUGUCAAGUGGAAUUUGGCAGAGGGGUAAAGAAGAAGAAGGAGUUUAUGGUUUUCUAAUAGAAGAUAUCAGGAAAGAAGUGACUAGGGCUUCGAAACUGAAAUGCUGUAUUUGCAAGAAAACCGGUGCUUCAAUUGGAUGUGUCACACCCCGAUGUAAACGAAGUUAUCAUUUCCCAUGCGGACUUCAGAGAGAAUGUAUUUUCCAGUUCACUGGCAAUUUUGCGUCAUUUUGUUGGAACCAUCGACCUGUUCAGAUAAUUACAUCUAAUAAUUAUAGAGACUCCUUACCAUGCACCAUUUGCUUGGAAUUUAUUGAGCCUAUUCCAACUUACAGCAUAUUACGAAGUCCUUGUUGUAAGAAUGCUUGGUUCCAUAGAGACUGUUUACAGGUUCAAGCAAUAAAUGCAGGAGUGUUUUUCUUUAGGUGCACAAUAUGCAAUAAUAGUGAUAUAUUUCAGAAAGAGAUGUUGAGAAUGGGAAUUCAUAUUCCUGAAAAAGAUGCAUCUUGGGAAUUAGAGGAAAAUGCUUAUCAAGAGCUUCUGCAGCACUAUGAGCAUUGUGAUGUCCGAAGAUGUCGUUGCAAAGAAGGGCGAGACUAUAAUGUGCCUGACAGCAAAUGGGAAAUAAAGCGCUGUCAGUGUUGUGGUUCUCGCGGAACACAUCUAGCCUGUUCCUCACUACAGUCAUGGGAACAAAAUUGGGAAUGUUUGGAAUGUAGAGGUAUUCUUUACAAUUCAGGCGAUUUCCAAAAAGCCAAAAAACACACAUUACCCAACACUAAUGUGGGAAUAACUGAUUGUUUGUUGGAGGAAUCUUCACCUAAAUUACCCAGACAGUCUCCUGGAGCCCAGCGUGAAGACCUGCUGAGGCAAGGCAGCAAAUUUAGAAGAGAUAUUUCAACUCUAAUAAUAGAGCUAGGAUUCCAAAUUAAAAAAAAAGCUAAAAGAUUAUUUAUCAACAAAGCCAAUAUCUGGAAUAGUGCCUUAGAUGGAUUCAGAAAUCAAAACUUUAAUCCUUCAUAUACAAUUGAAGUAGCAUAUGUUAAUGAAAAUGAUCAUUUUGGAAAAGAGCAGCCUGGAUCAAAGCAAGAAUUCCUAAGUCUCUUAAUGCAGCAACUUGAGAACUCACCAUUGUUUGAAGGGUCCUUGUCAAAGAACUUGUCUCUCAAUUCUCAAGCUCUGAAAGAGAAUCUUUACUAUGAAGCUGGCAAAAUGCUUGCCAUUUCUUUGGUUCAUGGUGGUCCUUCACCUGGUUUCUUUUCUAAAACCUUAUUUAACUGCCUUGUUUAUGGACCAGAAAGUACCCGACCAAUUUUAGACGAUGUCUCAGACUUUGAUGUGGCACAGAUUAUAAUCAGGAUAAAUACUGCAGCAACUGUGGCUGACUUAAACUCUUUAAUAAAUGAAUAUUAUAACUACCUAGAGCUUAUUGGAUGCCUAAGACUUAUAACAUCAUUAAGUGAUAAAUAUAUGUUGGCAAAAGACAUACUUGUUUAUCAUGUAAUUAAGAGAGUCCAAGCACCUUUUGAAAGUUUUAAACAGGGUCUGAAAACUCUUGGUGUUUUGGAGAAAAUUCAGACUUAUCCAGAAGCAUUUUGUAACAUCUUCUGUCAUAAACCUGAGAAUCUUUCCACAAAAAUUCUUAGUGAUCUUUUUACAGUACACACAUUAUCUGACGUACAGGCUUUGGGGUUUUGGAACAGUUACUUACAGGCUGUUGAGGAUGGUAAAUCUACAGUAACAAUGGAAGACAUUCUUAUUUUUGCUACUGGUUGCAGUUCCAUUCCACCUGCUGGAUUUAAACCCACUCCAUCAAUUGAGUGCCUUCAUAUGGAUUUUCCUGUUGGAAACAAGUGUAAUAACUGCUUAGCUCUUCCUAUCACCAGUACAUAUAAAGAAUUUCAAGAAAAUAUGGACUUCGCCAUAAAAAACACUCUAAGAUUGGAAAAGGAAGAAAAUUCUCACUUCAUUGGACAUUAACUGUUUUGAACAAAGAGAUGCUUCUUUAAAAGCUGCUGUUUCUUUCAGAAAUCUGUCCAUCAUCACUUCUGAGCAAACUUGGCCCAGUAAAAUAUAUGAUAUGAACAUAAAGGAAUAUUUUGGCCACUUAAGCUAAAAAGUUUUUUUGUUAAGGUGUACCAGUCAAAGUUGAUACUUUUCUAUUUUCUUAAUAUACAUGCUUCAUAAACCUCAAUAUAAAUACUUUUAGAAUGGCUGUACAGACUUUCUUCAACUAUAGUAGCAUGCUAUAUAUAAUAAGAAAACUUGUACUCAGUUUUUGUAAAUUGGGAUUAGCUAUAGGAUGCCACAGUGAUUUUUCUAGUUUUAUGCAAUUUUCAAAUUAUUACUUAUUUUAUUUUAAAGCAUUAAAUAGGAAAGCUAAAUGAUAAAUCUUGUUAUAUAAAUCAAAGUCAUAUAUUUUGGGGUAUGUGUUAUAUGUAUCCUUUUCUAGGAUGGCACUAAAUUUGUUAAAAAUGUUUUUAGAUUAUUAAGUUAUGUUAAAAUAGAUCCACACUGCAAUUAGAUUAUGCCUAAAGGGAAGUAUUAUAUUAAAAAGCAGAAUUGCACAAAUAUUCUAGAAUCUAUGGACAUUCCAUAGUCUUAAAACACU